UUUGUACUCAUUAAAUAAAGAGCAAUGAAUCCAAGUUGCAAGCAACAUAUUAACAGUCCCGAGUGUCAACAGUGGAUGAGCGAAGUAUUCGCCCACUGCAAUCGUCUGUUGGCCGACAAUCAGCUCGAGUUCUGGGACGAAUGGUGGCUCCAUGAGCAACCGCUACCAUCCUAUCAGGUGCCGCAUCUAAUGUCCGCCAACCAAUGCCACAAGUUGAAAAAGCAGAUUCAACGUGAGAUUGCUGCAGCCGCCAACUUGACACCAGAGCUAAGUUUCGAUUUGGAGCACAUGGACUCCAACUUGCGCUUGCUGCUCGUCAUAUUUGUUCUAUGUGCAGCGCUGGGCAUCAUUGGGUUCAUGGUCUGCCUGAUAAACACCACACUGCGACGCAUUGCCAAGCCCGACCUCAACGGUUGCGAAUAUCAAGGUACUGGCUUCCCACCAAGCAAUUAGAGAUCUCCCAUUCCCUUUAGCAUUCCCGCGUGGCGCCUGCAGCGCAGCCCAGCGAUAAUUCUUUAGCAGCCGCAAUGCGCUCGCCCUUGACUUGACCAUUGACAGCAGCGACACAUCACAGGGCACGCGUGACCAAAACUCGAAUGCGAAUCCCAACCGAAUCCAAGAAGCGCAGCCAAAAAUAACGACAAUUAAAACAAAAACAAAAAAAGCAAGUUGUGCUCAAUCGCGGCCAAGAUUUAUGAAAUGUGUUCCGCAACGGUUUUUUUUAUCUUUUUAUGUUUUAACUCAGCUUGUUUUUAUUUUUGCGGGCCAGCAAACAACAAACAAACAGGCACACAACAGGAGCAGAACACUAGGGCAUAUAAAUAACGCCCCUGUCAAGCACAAUGGCUCCAAAUGGCAGAUUUCUUGCUUAAACCUGAAUAUAUAUGCAUAUGUAUAUAUAUGUAUAUAUUCAUUUGCUCAAACCCCAAGGCAGUCUGCAUGGCGGAAUUUAAUAUUCUGA